GUACAGUGUCUGCAGAAAGACACCUGGAAAUCACCUGUGUUAUACCUGAAGGAAAUCAGCAGCUACAGGAGAUUCACCAUGAAAAUCCUCUUUCUUCUGGCUUCUCUGGUUCUUCACCUCCAAUUGGUUACAUGCUCAGAUGAAGACCUACAUUCCGAGUGGGAGGCCUGGAAGAACAAUUUCCAGAUAGCCUACAACACAAGGACUAAUGAGGGACAAAAGAGAGCAGUCUGGGAAAGAAACUACAAGAUGAUAGAAGAACACAACCGGAAGGCUAGAAAGGGGAGAAAGACAUUUAAAAUGACCAUGAACAAAUAUGGAGACCUUACCACUGAAGAGUAUAAAAGGCUGCAAGGUGCACUAGUGAACACUAAGCUAAGGAGUUACAGGGCGACAGUAUCUAGAAAAGAACUCCGUGAUGCUGUCAGCAAGCGAAAAAUUCUCAGCAUUGAUUACAGGACCUUGGGCCACGUCACUCCUGUAAAGGAUCAGGGUGCAUGUGGGUCCUGUUGGGCCUUCAGCACUACAGGGGCUAUUGAGGGGCAAAUAUUUAAAAAGACAGGCAAGCUGGUGUCACUGAGCGAACAGAACCUGGUGGACUGCUCUCGUGCCUAUGGGACUUAUGGGUGCAGUGGGGCAUGGAUGGCUGAUGCCUAUCAGUAUGUGCUGGAAAAUGGCGGGAUUGAAAGUGAGGCUUCCUACCCUUAUACAGCACGGGAUGACCAGCCCUGUCUCUAUGACAGCAGGAGGUCAGCUGCCAAAAUCACAGGCUUCAAGUUCCUUCCAGCUGGAGAUGAGAAGGCACUGGCUGAUGCUGUGGCAACAAUUGGGCCCAUCACAGUCACAAUUGAUGCUAGUAAUCCCAGCUUCCAAUUCUACAGCUCAGGAAUUUAUGACGAACCUCAUUGUGAUGGAAACAACCUGAAUCAUGCAGUACUGCUGGUAGGGUAUGGGACUGAGGGAGGUCAAGAUUACUGGAUUAUCAAGAACAGCUGGGGCACUUUGUGGGGAGAAAACGGUUACAUGAAGAUCAUCAGGAACAAAGGCAACGCCUGUGGAAUUGCUAACUACACUCUCUUUCCCAAAGUGUGAUGCCUGCCCUACUCUGAAAGUGCUGUCU